ACUCAGGCUCAGUACGCAGGGUUUAGUAGGCAACCUACACCCCUGAAACAUCCACAUCCCUAUUUAAAACACAUUUCACUUUGUCAUUUCAAACAUGAAGGUCUCCAGCAUAGAUUGCCGACGCCUGAGGAAGAUCAUACGGAAGGAGUGUGGAAAUUGUCUUAUUGUGGACUGUAGACCGUAUUUCUCCUUCUCGAACUCUUGUAUCAGAGGCUCCGUCAAUGUGAACUUGAAUUCGGUGGUUGUCCGGAGGUCCCGCGGUGGUCCGGUUCCUCUACAGUUCGUCAUUCCGGACGAGAAAGCCUUAUUUCGGCUUCGGGAGGGCAGCAUCUCCGCUGUCGUGGCUCUGGACGACCGCACACCUCAUUUACAGAAACUGAAAAAGGACAGCAUUGCUCAGAUAGUUAUUAAUACUUUGUCGCACUUGACGAGUAGCGCGAGCAUCUGCUUCUUAAAAGGAGGCUAUGAGAACUUCCAUGCCCAUUACCCUGAGCUUUGCACUGAAACCAGGUCUGUGGAAGUGAGUGAAGACAAAAGCGAAAGAGGCGUCAGCAGUCACUGUGACAAACUGGCUUCUCACCACAAACCAGACUAUGAUCAGGGACGGCCGGUGGAGAUCUUGCCUUUCCUGUACCUGGGCAGUGCCUAUCAUGCCUGCAGACAGGACUAUCUCAGUGACCUCCACAUCACAGCCCUGCUGAACGUCUCACGCAGAGACUCUCGGCCCGCCAGAGGACAGUACAACUACAAAUGGAUCCCGGUGGAGGACAGUCACACGGCCGAUAUCAGCUCACACUUCCAGGAGGCUAUCGAUUUCAUUGAGCGCGUGAAAGCAGAGGGAGGUAAAGUGCUGGUCCACUGCGAGGCGGGAAUCUCUCGCUCUCCCACCAUCUGCAUGGCGUACAUCAUGAAAACCCAGCGGUUGCGUUUGGAGCAGGCCUUUGACGUCAUCCGACAGCGGCGUGCCAUCAUCUCGCCCAAUUUUAGCUUCAUGGGUCAGCUGCUGCAGUUCGAGUCUGAGGUGGUUUCUUCCACACCUCCACUAGUGACUCCAGCAGCUCAAGAGACACCCACUUUCUUCAGCGGAGACUUCACACUGGAAACGGAGAGCUUUGAAUCCUCGGUUUUCACCUUCCCUACCUCCUUCCUGACACCCAUCCAGCCAUCAUUCAAACUGAGUCCAAUAACUGCGCUGCCUUAAAAUGGCUGCCCGACUCAUCGCAAUCUCAGUGUACUUGAAAAACAAAGGACAGUCGAACUGAACAAAGCAAUGGUGUAUCACAGGGAAUACAAAAAAAAACACUUGUUUUAAUAUUUAAAGAUUGAAGAACAGUGUUUGCUUUUUGAUUUUGUUUGCCUUAGAGAAAACCACUGCACAAUGAUUACUCUGCAAUACCUGCCUUAGCUUGAUGAUGUUCUGCCUAUCAGCGCCUGGCUGGGCAAAUUAAAUUAUUAUUAUUUUUAAACUGUUUCUUUUUUUAUGAAUUGUGCAUCUGUUAAUAAAUGUUUUUACAGAAGUGUA